CUGUCGUUACUGUACUGUCCUGGGAUUUAUGCUCGUCUUGUUUAUUUUGCGUUUGUCGCACGAGAGAUGAGCCUGACUUCCGAGACUUCAAGAAUCGAGCUGCGAGAUUCCUCAGAAUACAAACCGCGACUCCUGCAUUCGCACUCCAGACAAUCUAUCGCUGCGUCCGAAGAUUACUACUCAGUGCACUCCGCAUCAGAGCGUGGCGACGAGACGCAACUGCUGCCGCCCUCGUCAGCGGAUCGUCGGCGCUUCAGCACACCACCUUCACGGCGCAGCACCCCCGAUGAUGAAUCGGUUCAACCUAGCGGGAACCCUGGCUCGAGCACGCGACGUUCUAUAGGCUUGGACGACUUGCGACACACGAGACGCAAGGCCGUGGGCUCUGGAGGACCCAAAGAACUUGUGCCUGGCGGAGAGCCCAAGUCGCUGGUGGGCGAAAAGAGCUUGCAACAAAACGACAGGCGGGAGAAGAUGGAUCUUAUAAACCGAACGUACACACCGGGCCAAGAUGACAGCCAAUUCAUUCGCUUUGCCAUCGACCAGCUGACGCGUGACGAGGAAGUCCGCGGCUCGAGGACGUAUCCUGUGCGUGAAGACGAGCAGCAUUCUAGCUCGACUUCAGCGGAAGAUUUGGAGCACGCAAUGCACCCGUAUCAGGACUAUCCCGCUAUCGUGCCUGCUGUCGUGGCUGCCGCAGCAUCUGGGCACGACGAGACAAGAGGGAGAGUUCCUACGCCGAUGGGUAUCCGCCUUGUGUCUACCGAAGAAGAGAGGGAGCUGAGAGUGCCUCCACCGCCCCAACGGAUCGAAGACGACAUCGUUGCUAUACCGCAAACACCGGAGCCUAUUCGGCGGGAAAGAGCGCUCCUAGCGGAGCAGAAAGAGAUGCAAGCAGGUCCUGCACCGCAGCAUCCUCUGACUGGUGCGCCGUCUGCUUCAUCGAGUUCGCUCCAUGGCGUCUCGGAAAGCGAUGUCUUCGUCGCGUACAAUCCUCUUAGGCCCACGACGCAACAGCCCAGGCUUAACUUCGUACCUGGAAUCUUGCGGCCACUCUGGCUGGGCAUGUUUAUUCUCGUCUGCUUACUCAUGCUCACUGGUCUGCUGUUCUGCGCCGUGUGGUGCCUCACACAUGACGGAUUGUGGGAUUAUCGGUUCUUUGGUGACGGCAGAUACUUCGUUUUCGAGUAUCUGCCCACUCUUUUCGGCAUGAUCAUACUGGUAUGGCUUCUCCAAGUGGAGAUCGCGCUUAUCCGUAUCGCACCCUUCAUGGCCAUGACCUUGACGUCGACAAAGGCACGUUCAGAAGCUCAGUUCCUGUCGCUCUACCCGACGCAAUUCCUACUCCCGAAGAUCGAAUACUUCCGUUCCGGCCAACCUAUACUGGGGACGUGUUUUAUAAUAUUCUGGCUCUUUCUCUUCACCAUACCCUUACUCGGCUCAUCGUUCAACGUGCGCUUCUUUGGGCCCAGAAGCGACGGCGUCUGGCGCUGGGUCGCUGUUCAGGGCGUUAUUUGGACCGUCAUUGUGCUAUACAUUCUUCUCAUUGUUGCAUUAUUAGUUCUCCUCAUCCAUCUACGACGAUCUGAGACCGGGCUGAAAUGGGACCCAAGGUCACUCGCUGACCUUAUCGCCUUGCUCGAACGCGCAAACUUCGUGAAUGAGUACACAGGAACGGAAAUUUACACUCAUCUAAAUGACUUCAGGCAGAGAUUGUGGAACUGCACCCCGCGUUUGGGUUACUGGCACACGUCACACAGACCAACAGACAUUUUCUAUGGGUUGGGCGAGGAAGGCGGCCUAACGAGACGCUACUCGAUCGAAUCCGGACGCAUACGUGAGAAGGGCCAUAAGUACCACCCAUCCAUCGACUCCCAUGAGGAUGCCGAAGCAGGCGAUCAUUCCCGGGUACAGCUUAAUUAUCGUCACGGCGUCGUGCGACGACGCUUCAUCCCUUGGUUCUUGUCUUCCACUGCAGUCCUUGCCUGGAUUCUGAUCGCCUUUGUGCUACUCAUCGCCUUCUACGUCGUUGCUUUUGUCAAUAAUGCAACGACGGGACAUGGCUUCAUCCCGCAGAUCCGCGCGGACACAAAUUCAGCUGGCUUCUCGCCUGCUAACUUCCUGUACUCCUUCGUACCUUGUCUCAUCGGCUUUUUGCUCUACCUCCUGUGGCUCCCUCUUGACUACGCGCUCCGCCGUUUGGAACCGUACCGGCAUAUGACGAGUGUAAGCGGAGCACUUGCGGAGCACACACUUCUCCUCGACUACCCUUUCCGCCUCCCCAUCUCCACGACUUUGACGGCCGCUUCAAAUGGGCACUGGAAAAUCGCUUUCGUCUCAUCAAUGUCUCUUGUCAACACUGCGAUCCCUGUUCUCAGCGGCGGCAUCUUCUGGGCGCAGUGGUAUACAGGCGACACCGAAGUGCGUAUUUCCGCACAGGCGUCUGGCAUGUACGCCCUAUGUGUAUUUCUCGCUCUGUACGCAGUAGGGUUAGUUCUUCUUGCGCCGGGACGUACGUUCAUCCGCAUGCCCCACGAGAGCAAGUGCCUAGCCGAGGUCGUGAGCUGGCUCUACCAGUCACCCAUCCUCCUCGAUCGUGCUUUCACACGAUGUCAAUCGAAGGUCGAGCUCCAGACCCGGUUGCUUGGCGAGCGCCCCGCGCUGCCUGCUCCCGGUCUAUGGGCCAGUGUCACAAACCUGAUGCACUCGAUGAGUCGCGACACGCUCCGACGAGGCGGAGAUGCAGCUCUUGAAAGGCCGGAGAAUCGGAAGGCAAAGGCUGUGCUUGGUGCAGAUCGCGCCCCGCCCUUGCCGCCAGCAGACACGACGUUUACGGGUCCAAGUCCCGGUGAGAAGAGGACGAGCGCGUACUCCUCUGCCGAAAGAGCAUUGUACGCCUUUGGCGUCUAUACCGGACGAGAUGGCCGGGAUCACCUGGGCAUUGACAAGGUCGGAAGGGGCAUGGUGCUCUUUGACGACUGAUUGACGCGCUUGGAAUCCUUUUGAUGCUUUCUACGACGCGCUAUGGAGUUUAUGGAAUCCCAAUAUCAUGGUCGAGAUGACGCUCCUCGACCACCGAAUGAAAGAGACGAAAGAUCAACGCAAGCACACGCACGCAUGUUUUAUGGCUUAAUCACGGGUUACGGGUAAUGGUGUUCGCAUGAAGAGGUGCAAGGGCCUUUCGCGGCGCGUUUGUGGUUUUUUAUGAAAAAAUUGAUGCAUUUUCGAACAGGACAUUGGGUAUUUUUAGUACUAACUAUCAAAGCGAGCACACAUGUAUCGAUGGAAGAACUGAUAUGAGAAUUGACGCGAAAGAUACCCUCGGGAUCAGAAUCAAGAAAUCUGAUGCCGAUGCGAAUGCGAUACAACUGUACAUAUAACCGAUAGAUUGCGGCCCGACGAGAAGGCUCGCGCUUCGUUCAUCGACAAACCAUGUCUGAUUUUUAUUGCUCACUGCAUACGGAGCAUUCGAAAAGUUUUGUACAGAUAUAUCAUUGAGAACCAUUAAUUUCAUUGUUGAGAAUCGCACUUCGCC